AUGCCUCUUGACACCCUAUCAACCUACCCAACAACCCACCUCCGCACCGACGGCCGCCGCUGGAACGAACUGCGCCGCCUCACCUGCUCCCUCUCCACGCAGCCCUCCGCCGAUGGCUCCUCCCUGGUCACAAUGGGGAACACGAUGGUGACAUGCACCAUCACCGGCCCGCGCGAGGGCCGUGGUCAACGUGACCAUGCCCGCGCCACCGUCGAGACAGAGCUUAGCAUCGCGCCCUUUGCGCAGACAGACCGGCGCAAGCGCGGCAAGAACGACAAGCGGCUGGUCGAGCUGCAGACUACCAUUAGCAAUGCAUUCCAGGCGCAUUUAUUCACGCACCUGUACCCGAGAAGUCUGAUUACGAUUGCGCUGCAUGUGCUGAGCCUGGAUGGGUCGCUGCUGGCGGCGUGUCUGAAUGCGGCGAGUUUGGCGCUGGUGGAUGCUGGGGUUCCUAUGCCGAGCGUGUUGGCGGGUUGCACAAGUGGGCUGGUGAUGGAUCCUGAUGGCGACGGUGGGAAGAAGGGAUCGCCGCCCGAAGGUCUGUUGGAUCUCAGUGGUUCGGAAGAGCUGGAGUUGCCGUUCUUGACAGUCGCUACAGUGGGAAGUGUGGAGGGUGGCGAAGAUCGAGUCAGCGUAUUGGUCAUGGAGACAAAGGUGCCAGGGGCGAGGUUGGAGGGGAUGUUGGCCGUUGGCGUGGACGGAGCCAAAGGUGUGAGGGCACGUAUGGAGGCCGAAGUUAGGAGAAUGGGGGCGAAGCUGGCGAGAGGAAGGGCGGGCUGA